CUGUGAGUCCAGAUCCAGAUCCAGCACUUGCGGAAACAGACGAACAUCGUUUCUAACAAACGCCGUCGUGAAUGCGUCGGCCCUAGCGCCAAAGACGCCAAACAAAAACUCUUGUGUUGUUUAGGACACUGAAGCCCGGUUCUGACCUGUCUCUGACAGCAUUCAUGAAAUAAGUGGGAUUUUCUAUCAGCAGGAUAAAAUAAUGAUUUCGCCGUGGGACCGGUGGUACUCGACGAGCUGCUGCCUUUGCUGCCAUGUACGAACGGGCACCAUUAUUCUGGGAAUAUGGUAUAUGCUCAUCAAUGCAGUGGUCUUACUCAUCUUGUUGUCAGCUCUCAAUGACCCAGUCCAGUAUCGUUACCACCUUACCAGCUCUGAGCUGGGGACGGACAUUGAUGUCAUGGAUGAUGCAAAUAUCUGCAUAGCCACAGCAAUAUCCCUGCUCAUGAUCCUUAUAUGUGGUAUGGCAACAUAUGGUGCUUACAAGCAACAUGCAGCUUGGAUCAUUCCAUUCUUCUGCUACCAAAUCUUUGACUUUGCCCUUAACACACUAGUAGCCAUUAGUGUGGUGGUUUAUCCCAACACGGUGCAGGACUACCUCCAGCAGCUGCCGGGGACAUUCCCUUACAAAGAGGACAUCAUGUCCACCAACAACAUGUGCCUAGUUUUUGCAGUCCUCCUUUUCAUUGGCUGCAUCCUCUCCUUUAAGGCCUACCUGAUUGGCUGUGUGUGGAACUGCUACAGAUACGUGAGUGGCAGGGGAACCACAGAGGUCCUGGUCUAUGUCACUACUAACGACACAACAUUGAAUGAGUUGAUACCACUUAAUGCACAAGGUCCUUCUGCCACCAUACGAGGAGGCCAUCGCCAUCCCACCCAAGGAGCCUCCUCCGCAGUAUAUGGAGGCAUGAGGGACACAUUCGCUGCUGGUCCAUACACCAUCAACGCCCCACCACCUUACACCCCCACAGAAACACCCUCCACAUGUUCCUCUAACACCAACGUCCAUAAAUCUGGAUGGCACAUGUUCAAAAUGAGACAAAAUGACAUUUUCAAGGCUGGUUUGGGCUUGGAUUCCUGAUUUUUACAACAGAUUAGAUUAGGGUGACCCUGAGCCAGUAUCAGCCCCACCCCACACACCACACUCAUGGUUGUGGUGACAUACUGUCUGGUCUGUCCUUCUCUGAGAACAGGAUUGUAGUAUCUUCAAGAACCUUCCAAGCAUCCCCCUCUCUCCCUGUAAACUCCUGCGUGCCCUAAACAUUCUGUCCCAAUGAAAUUUGCACUUUUCUUUGAGUGAAACGUGCACCGGUCUGGCCACCAACUGUUAACCCCCCCCCCCCCCCCCCCUUACUUGGAAGCCUUGUGAUCUUUGUCUAGACAAACUACCUGAAGAGAGAUAGCGGCAAAGUGUGUGACAGGACGAGCAGCAGAUGUGAUCAGUUAUGCAAGAGCACUUUUUUUUGAUGAAUUCCUUCAUUGAAUGUAAUGUUGGCGUAUUUUUGUAUGACUUUUUGUAUAACAGUGAAAAUAGAGAGAAAAAGAAGUGAAUAGUUAAAAGGUGUCUUGUGGUUAUACAAUAUCGUAUGUGUACUGGUGUAGCUCGUGUUGAAAAGGCUUCCCUGACCAAUAACGACUAUGUCUUCCUUUUGUAUCUAUGUUAAUACACUGUCUGUACCACUAUAACCCAUUAACUGCCUGUGAGGAAAAAAAGCUGUUAACCCUUUGAUUUCAGUCACAGUCCAUUCCAGUUUGCCUUCCUGCCUAAAUCCUGACUGUUCCAAGACCUUAAAAAAGUAACUAAGACAUUAAUGAAAAGAAAAAGCACUUCUUACAAACAGAUUCACAGUGCAUUCAAAAAGUCACAGAAUCUAAACUGUGUUGAGAUUAGCAUGUGGAAAUGUUUUACUUGAGACAUCUGUCCUGUUUGUUUUCCUGUUAAGUUGCAGUUGCAACAUCAUUGACUGUGUCUUUAAUUAUUUUUUUUUUAGUUGAGCUAACUUAGCUGGACUGAGGGCAUUUUCCUAUAAAGACAGCACAUGCUGACAUGCUGCUGAACAUGCAGAGACUGUGUGAUGAGUGUGUUUUAUGUGUACUCGCCUGAGGCUGCGUGUGAAAAUUUCUGACAAAAAAAAAUCCUUGAUAUGUAGUAACAUUUCUUUUGCACAUGCAAAAUGUUGCAAUAGUUUCUGUGCCCUUUUUUCAAAUUAGACACAAAUGGGGAUUUGAAAGCAUGGAUGGAGCUUAGCAUAGUAGCACAAAGUCAGUAAACUGUAUAUGAGGUUAAUAGAACCAAAUGUGUUGGCUGGAACUGUGUAAGCAAUAAGUAAAGCAUUAUGGGUAAUUACACUGGAACAUAUACUAUAAGGUAGACUUAAUCCAAUAUCUACCAAUAAUUUCUUAGUAGUAUUUGAUCACAAAAGCAGCAUUAAAUCAGAGUACAUUUUAUGAUUCAGACUAUGCAACAUUGCAUCCAAGAACUUGGUAGAGGUAAAAGAAAUAUGUGUACCUUGAAACAGUAGUGUUCAAUUUGAUACUAACUGUAGUUAAUAAUGUAGCCCCUUCAUCUUUGUCUGUGUGAAUUAUGACCUCUGCUUUUGCAAAUCCAACAAAACCCACAUCAAAAUUGCACUUUAAAGUCAGUGUGAGCUCACUGAAAAUCUACAUUGUUUGUUCAUGUGUACCACUUUGGUUGUAGCCAAGUUUCGCCAUUCCAGUGUUUGUAAUUAAUGCCAUCAACCUCCCACGCCUGGAUGACGGGAGCUUAAAAACUAACUGGACAGAGGUACUUUGUGGUUUUACAGGAGAGACUCGGGCUGAUGUGGGCCAUACCAGGUUUAGAGGGAGGUAAAGAAAACAGUCAUUGUGUCUGACCAGGAUGGCUGCUGCCUGAUGGAAUUAAAAUCACUGAAGACUGUUCUCCAUCACUGUCAUUUACUCACAUCCUGUUGUUGGAUCUGCACGAGCUCAUGUCUGAUUCUGAAUAAUAAAAAAACACAAAAUCA